GCAGCGGCAAGCGCGAAGUCACCCCGGCAAGCGAGGUCCAACCCUCACUUGACUCAGUCGUUUGUUUCCAUGCCACGAGAACCAGAAGAAGAACAAGAACCGGAGCAUGGCUGCCGUCCUACGAGACAACAUCUCGGCCGCGGCCGCGGCGACGCCCGACGGGACGGUCGCCAUGGAAACCGCCGACAUUGCAGUGAUGGCGGCGUACCUGCUCCUGGUGAUGGCCGUCGGAAUCUGGGCGUCCGUCAGGGCCAAUGGCAGCACGGUGGGCGGCUACUUCCUGGCUGGCCGAUCCAUGACCUGGUGGCCUAUCGGAGCAUCUUUGAUGUCCAGUAACGUUGGAAGCGGGUCCUUCAUCGGGUUGGCGGGCGCGGGAGCCUUGGGCGGCAUCGCUGUGAGCGGCUUCGAGUUGAAUGCGGCGUGGGUCCUGGUGGCUCUGGGCUGGAUCUUCAUCCCGGUGUACGUCGCGGCCGGGGUGGUGACCAUGCCGGAAUACCUGGCCAAGCGCUUCGGGGGACGCAGGAUCCAGGUGUACCUGUCCGUCCUGUCCCUGGUCCUCUACAUCUUCACCAAACUAUCUGCAGACCUGUUCUCCGGAGCUUUGUUCAUCAAAAUUUCCUUUGGCUGGAAUCUCUACAUGUCGACUGCGAUGCUGCUACUGAUCACGUGUUUGUACACCGUGGCAGGAGGUUUGACAGCUGUCAUCUACACUGACGCAUUCCAGACUGUCAUUAUGGUGGGAGGAGCCCUCACGCUCAUGUUUAUUGCGUUCUCCAAGGUGGGCUGGUACGAGGGUCUGACGCAGCUUUACAUGUCGUCCGUUCCCACGGCGACGGUGGCCAACGCCACCUGUCACCUCCCUCGCGCCGACGCCUUCCACAUGUUCCGAGACCCCGCGUCCUCGGACCUGCCCUGGCCGGGGCUCGUCUUUGGACUCACCGUCCUCUCCACCUGGGUGUGGUGCACCGACCAGGUGAUAGUUCAGAGGUCACUGGCUGCACGUUCGCUGAGUCACGCCAAAGGAGGAAGCGUCUUAGGAGGUUACCUCAAAGCAUUACCCAUGUUCUUCAUCGUCAUGCCAGGCAUGAUCAGCAGGGCGCUCUUCCCCGAUGAGGUGGGUUGCGUGGAUCCAGCCGUGUGUCGGCGUGUGUGCGGAACUGCGGUGGGCUGCUCCAACAUCGCGUACCCCAAACUGGUGGUGGAACUCAUGCCAGUCGCAGCUCCACCCUCUUCACGUUGGACCUUUACCAGCGAGUCCGACCCGCCGCCUCCGAGAUGGAGCUCAUGAUCGUGGGCAGGGUCUUCGUCCUGGUGCUGGUGGUCGUCAGCAUCCUGUGGAUCCCGAUCAUCCAAUCGGCAAACAGCGGCAAGCUGUUUGACUACGUCCAAUCGGUAGCCAGCUUUCUAGUUCCG